CUUAUUUUGAAGGAAUAAACACGUGGAGCAAAAGGCCACACAACUCGGUAAAGGAAUAAUAAUAUAAAUCAUGGGUAAAUCCAAACAGGUGGGAAACCACAAAAAUGGCAAAAAGAAAAACAUAGCCAAGACUUGGAAGACAAAGCGAAGGACUAAAGACCUUGACGAGAUCCAUUCGGACAUGGUCCCUGCCAACGCUGCCAAGUUAUUGAAGCAGGAGAUGGAUUAUGAUGUUACAGGCUGCGCCCAGCACUACUGUCUGCACUGCGCGCGCUACUUUGUUGACCUGAAAGCCCUGAAGGAGCAUUUCAAGACUAAAGUCCAUAAAAAACGUCUGAAGCGGCUAAAAGACGAGCCGUACACCCAGGCUGAAGCGGAGAGAGCGGCUGGAAUGGGCUCCUACGUCCAGCCUAAAAAAGUGGAAGUGCACACACAGCAAGUGGAGGAGGACAUGGAGUGAACACGGAGUGCAUCUAGCUACCCGUCACCUCUGCAGCAUGACGAAUGCAAAAUACUAGUGCCUAUAAAGCAGAGAACAGAAUUACUGGUUUGAGGAGAAUAAAUAAUUGAAAUCAAAUCUUAAAUAAGAAACAUUUAAACAUAUUAUUCUAAGUUGGUUUCCAGAUCUGACAUGCUCUAUAGUGAGCAGAUUACUGCCUCUGCCGUCUGACAGUUGUGUGUCAGAUUAUAAUGAUAUAUUAAGGACAUGAUUAUUAGAUUUUGUUAUACGUUUACUGUCUGUGUAGUACAGCAGUUUGAGCUCUGAUCUAAUCAGGUAAACAGGAAAAAGGGAAAAACAACUCAUGUUUUUUCUGCCUUUCUUUUGUACACCACAUUAAUCUACAUAUUAAAAUAAUGUAACAGCUUAGAAAUAAUUUGGCUUUGUAUGUAUGCAAACACAAAUGGCAAAGCAAUUAGAGCCUUCAGCGCUGGUGUACAAAACAAAUAUAUGUUUUUGCAGUGCUGUUUAGAAGUCUGGGCCAAUAGACUUGCCCACAAAUCAGACCUGUAGCUGUUCACUCGACAGAUUUGUUGGCAGAGUAAAUGUAGAGCUGAGAAUUUGUCAUAUCCACGUUUGUCGCGUCGAAGCAGCUCCGAUUUAGAAGUUUUCAUUAAACUGUUUUUAUUAAAAAUAAAAGCUGUAAAGCUGCUACAGUGGCUUGUUAUGACCUGCAUCCUGACACGUUUUGAAAUGCAACAAUGCAUAAAAUAGAUCCUGCAUAGACAGAAGUGUUUGUGUAAAAUUGAUGAAAUACAAAUACGUUAUUAGUGCUGGUCUACUUUAUCUGUCAUGGUUUGCUUAUUGACUGUGUGUAAAUAAACUCACAGCUUGUGUGUUUGA